AGGUUAUGUAAUACAUUACGUAACUAAAUACAGAGAUAUUCACUUUUUGUCACGCGAAGCUCCAACACUAGCAGUUCAUUCCCCUUGAAGAGCAACAAAGAUGGUGACUGAAAUACUUAUUUUGUUGGCCACACUACUGCUCCUGAUCUACAUCUUCAGCUGGGUUCGUUCAUCACGUGGUCUUCCYCCAGGUCCACCRCGAUAUCCAUUGAUAGGUAGUCUACCAAGUUUGASAAAUGGAUCURUUCCAAUCCACAAAACAAUCACUGAGAUGGCGAAGAAAUAUGGAGAUGUUCUUACUGUAUACUUCCCUACUGGAAAAGGMUGCCAGCCUUAUGUUGUCAUUAACUCKUUUGAAACUGCWUAUGAUGCUAUGGUAAAUCAGAAAGAUGCUUAUUCUGGGAGACCUUUGACGUUUACUUCAAAAGUGUUGUCGCGAGGUGGGGAAGGAYUGGUAUUUUCAGAUUUCACCAACAAGACCGCCCUCAUCAGAAAAAUCGUCCAUAAAGCUUUGCGGCUCUACCAGCCAAACCUGGAAGAAAAAAUACUCGACGAAGCAGAUGAGAUCGCUAAACGCUUUAGCUCUAAUGCUGGUCAGCCCUUUGAUCCCAAAAGAGAACUGAGCUUGGCAAUCGUUAACGUGAUCUUCGCCAUAGUGUAUGGAAAAAGAUUCGAUCUGGAAGAUGAACAAUUUUUGGAGAUCAUAAGAUCUAAUGAGGAAGUGAUAAAAGUUCUUAGUCCUUUGAACAUUUUGAAUUUCUUUCCGUGGUUGAUUYAUUUUCCCAUCCCGUCCACCACCUUGCUGUUUACGGUUAUGAAAAAGAACAGGAAAAUGAGAGAGGGUUGGUAUUUUGGAGAAAAGGAAACUUUCCAGGAAAAUGACAUCCGUCAUCUGGCUGACGCACUUUUAAAAGCCAAGAUAGAGGAAGAAAGAGAAAUGGUAUCUUCACAAGUCAACGUUACGUUAAGCGAUAUGGAUGUUCAAGCAACAAUAAGUAAUCUCUUCGGAGCCGGUAGUGAGACUACGGCAACUUCCCUGAGAUGGCUUAUCGCAUAUGCAAUGAACUAUCCACAAAUUCAAGAAAAUCUUUACGCUGAGAUCAAAGAAGUGUUUGGAGAGACUGGCAAAAUUACACUGAAGAAAAGACAUGACUGCCAUUACUUGGAGGCCACUCUGACCGAGAUUCUGCGUCAUGCAAGUGUUGCUCCCAUGUUUAUACACAAAACCACGUGUGACACCACCCUAUCGGACUACAGAAUCCCUAAAGACACCACCGUCCUUCUCAACAUGUGGGCCAUCAACCACGACGAGCGACAUUGGGAAAAUCCCCAGCAGUUCAACCCUGAUAGAUUUCUGGAUUCAGAAGGUCACUUCACUGGCACAAAGAAGAUGAGCUACAUGCCAUUUGGAGCUGGACGAAGAGUCUGCAUUGGUGAAUCGUUGGCCAAGACCGAGUUGUUCCUGAUAUCAGCCACGUUGCUGCAGAGACUGAAGUUUCAAACUCCUGCUGGAUGCACUCCCCCUGAUCUCAACGUUGGAAGUUUUGGUUUCGUCAAUASGACGCAACAAUUCCUGGUCACUGCAUGUCUUCGUUAAUUAAAUCCACAAUAGCUAGCCCGACCUUGCGUUCUAAGAGCGUCUAGUUAAUCAUGCAUGUUAAGUUUUUGCCCAUAUAUAUUGUAAUACUCGAGAACUUGGUUCCCGAUAUUGUACUAUCUAAUGCAAUUUUGUUAUUAUUAUUUAGUACCAAAGUUUCUGAAGUAUAGCGAGGAAAAUAAAAUCAUUGCCUAUAUKCAUGUCGUGGGUUAAACAAUGAGUUGACCUGCGAACUAGRUAUUCCGGUCCGACCGGCGACCAAUGAUUGAUCGCUUMAGGAGCAMAAUAAGGACUAGCCAAUCAGCGGUUACAUUUCAGAUAACCGAAAUAAUGCAGGGAGACCGCAGCGGUCACCUAGAGGAUUAUGAAUUUUAGCAUGCGCCAUUUKAAGUCUACUAAACAAUCGUCUAUACAGCUUUAUUAAUUGGUCKGAUUGACUUAUCGUAGGAAACCACUCAGCAUAUGAACUGAUUGAAGAAAAUUCUUCUAKAAGGUAAAGACAGUCGAAAUAAGACAUUAAAAGGUGUUUAUACCGAGUAUAAACUUAUUGAUGAUUUAAAAUAAAGCGAUAGCUCAAAAUUU